AUGGGCGUUUCGGAUUGUAAUCGAUCUUCAGUCACUUCUUCUCGAUCUGGGUACCCCGCCAAGUUGCGCUGACGACAAAGGCGAGCACGCCUACUCCCAUAGUUCUACAACGAGCACCUCCAUACCUCUUAAAGUGUAUCUCUAUGCCCUUAUCGCUCGCGUGACCCCAUUCGAAGGAUUGGCCAUCGCCGAGCUGACCGUACCCGCACUUGUCCCGUUCGUCCUCUUGGUCCAGACCCUCUCCAAGCUUUCACCCAAAGGAUCCCUCCACUUCUCCACGGCGCGAUAUUGUCGCUCGACCCGCUCGGCUUCGACGAUGAACCUCCGCGCCCAGUUCUGCAUCUCGUCGCUGGCCAAGGCCGUCGAGGACGAGUGUGCCGCCGCCGGGGUCAUGGAUCGCGUCGAUGCCACUGAUGGAGGGUGA